GAGCUGCCAUUGCAGCACGAGGACAAUGUGGGAUUUAUUUUCCUUUACGAUGAACGCUGCACUAGAUCUCCAUUAACAUGAUGGGGUGAAGUUUGCGAGGAAUGCCCUGGCGUCCUGACAUCUCUUCCAAAGAGUCUUUGUUACACACGACUUUCUUUCUUUGUGCUUUUCUACCCAAGCUUUGUCAGUGUCUGGCCCAUGCCGGGGUGAGUACUCCAUCGCGAGGUGCUAGAGUAGGAGCAAGUAACACCAGAAUGAGUCUCCAUGGUGCCAGCGGUGGGCACGAGCGUUCACGAGACAGACGCCGCUCAAGUGACAGGUCCAGGGAUUCGUCACACGAAAGAGGCGAGAGUCAGCUCACUCCCUGUAUCCGGAAUGUAACCUCACCCACCAGACAACAUCAAAGUGAUCGAGAGAAGGAAUACAGUUCAUCCCGGCCAAGCAGUCCCCGCCCACAGAAAACUUCCCCCAACGGUUCCAGUAGCAGCCGGAACAGUAGCCAGUCCUGUUCAGAUGGCAAGUGUAAGGCUACUGGGGAGAUGGUGUUCGUCUACGAGAAUGUGAAGGAAGGAGCUCGCAAUGUGCGCACGUCUGAACGGGUCACACUUAUUGUGGAUAAUACAAGAUUUGUCGUAGAUCCAUCCAUAUUCACUGCUCAGCCAAACACAAUGUUGGGCAGGAUGUUUGGAUCGGGCAGAGAACAUAAUUUCACACGUCCCAAUGACAAGGGGGAAUUCGAGGUGGCAGAAGGGAUCAGUUGCACAGUAUUUCGGGCCAUUUUGGAUUACUACAAGACUGGAAUAAUCCGUUGCCCCGAUGGAAUAUCAAUUCCUGAGCUAAGGGAGGCUUGUGACUAUCUGUGCAUCUCAUUUGACUAUAGCACUAUCAAAUGCAGAGACCUCAGUGCCCUUAUGCAUGAAUUAUCAAACGAUGGAGCCCGCCGGCAAUUUGAGUUUUACCUGGAGGAGAUGAUCCUCCCCUUGAUGGUAACCAGCGCUCAGAGCGGGGAACGUGAGUGCCAUAUUGUUGUCCUAACAGAUGACGAUGUUGUGGAUUGGGAUGAAGAGUACCCGCCACAGAUGGGCGAAGAAUAUUCUCAAAUUAUUUACAGCACCAAAUUGUACAGAUUUUUCAAGUACAUCGAAAACAGAGACGUAGCAAAAUCUGUCCUGAAGGAGAGAGGUCUAAAAAAGAUCCGACUCGGGAUUGAAGGGUAUCCAACGUACAAGGAGAAGGUGAAGAAGAGACCAGGGGGGAGGCCUGAAGUGAUCUACAACUAUGUGCAGAGACCCUUCAUCAGGAUGUCGUGGGAGAAAGAGGAAGGCAAAAGCCGCCAUGUUGACUUUCAGUGCGUAAAGAGCAAGUCGAUCACUAACCUCGCCGCUGCCGCCGCAGAUUUCCCCCAGGACCAGCUGGUAGUCAUGCACCCCACCCCCCAGGUGGAUGAGCUGGAUAUUUUACCCAAUCACCCCCCACCUUGCAACAACGACAUGGACCCCGACGGCCCCAACUCCACUUCCUAACUGCGACUCUUUCUAAUGCGGGAACAAAUAUGGCGGCAAGUCCUUUGAAAUCGCCGAUGACGAGAGGAGAGAAAGUGGUUCCAGGUUAAGAUGACCAAUCAUUGCAGGCGGCUCCGCUCUCUGUGUGAUUUGCUACAAUCAUUAGGAACAGUCUUUGCAAAGGGAGCGCGACCCCUGAUCCAGUCUAAUUGUCUUUCUACAGUGUCUUUGCCGCGUGGACUUCUUCUUUUUUUUUUUAUUAUUAUUAUUUUUAAGACCAAAGGAACACGUGGAAAACAAUUCCGUUCCCUUUGUUCAAGCCUAUUGAUUAGCGGGUUUGUUAAAAGCUGGUGGUCUCUAACGCCCACCCAAAUGUUCUUUUUCCCCAUCAGCCCUUCUAAACCAACAGGGGCAUCUUCAACCUCCUCCCUGAUCUGGGCAGAAGUCCCAUAAGCUUCCUACAUCGUGGCACUUUAAUGGUUUCCAAUUGGUGUUUGUCAUGUUUUAUAGCUUUACUGUAUUGUGCUCAUUUGCAAAAAAAAAAAACGUAAUCUCUCCCGAAAAAAAAAAAAAAAACCUCCCCAACUUUUUUUGGCUUUAGAAAUAUAUUCACAAACCUUUUAAAUGUAUUCACUAUGAUUGAGCACAGAUUGAUUUAUUUAUACCACUGGAAUAUUUACUAUAAACC